UUCACCCCUCUGCCGCUCCGUUCCUCCGCUUUUAUCAUGAGCCUGCAGUAGCCACGAGACAGACAACACAUGCAAACACAAAACAGCCUGGAAAAUCUCUAAAAACAACAACAGCAAAGUAAACACGACAGCCGCACACGUGCUAAUGAGGGAACUGGUUCCACGUUUAUGGAGGUGAACUUCAUUAAUGGAGCUGCUGGAGUCCCUGCGCGCGCGAACUCUCCCUCUCUGUGUUACCGCAUCAGGACAGCUGUUUUUAUUUCCAUCUUGUCGGCAUGAGAGUCGGAGAAGUGUGGCUUGAAGCGAGAGGAGGGCUGCUGAAGAUUGCACUGAGCUGAAAUCCAUUGUCUGCAUCCUCUACAGUCAGUGGAAAUGAAGACGGCAGACAAAUGGAUAGUUCAAGACAACCUCCCAAUAUAGAUCUGCUGCUUUGGAAUUACUUGAAGUAAUUUGUCCAUGGAUUCUUGCACCGCUCAUGGCUGACACGAGUUAGGAGGCAAAUGCAAGGCAGGUCCGGAGGCUCUGACUUUCAGAAGACUUUUGAACCCUGGAUGAAUCGCAGACUUAAAGUUCAAGAAUAUCAAGGAUGCUCAUCACGGACCUGUUAUGGUGCCAGGCUGGAUUGACUGAAGUGUUUUAAUCCUUGUGUAGCUCCCCCAUCCCCCGACCCCACCCCAUGUCAGAUCUUCUCUAAAUUAUGGAAAUUUUGUGGAAGACGCUGACUUGGAUAUUGAGCCUGCUCCUGGCCGCUGCUGAUCCUCAGAGCCUUUCAUACAAUUCUCAAGAGGAGUUCCUGUCCCACCUGGAGGACUACCAGCUCACGGUGCCCGUUCGGCUGAACGAGAAGGGUGAGUUUAUGAGUUACACUGUGAAACAGCACCGGCCCGGGCGACGGAGACGGGGGCUGGACCACCCUGGACCGGAGCCCGCUGAGACCACACUCUUUUACCGACUCUCAGCCUACGGCAGGCACUUUCACCUGAACCUGACGCUCAACCCCAUCCUGGUUUCAAAACAUUUCACUGUAGAGUACUGGGGCAAGGACGGGCAGGAGUGGCGGCACUCCAUGGUGGAUGAUUGCCAUUAUGUUGGAUACCUAAUGGAUCACUACAGCACUACAGGAGUGGCACUGAGUAACUGCAGAGGCUUGCAUGGUGUCAUCACCACAGAAGAAGAGCAGUAUUUAAUUGAGCCGUUAAAAGACAUAACCUCCAGAAACUCCAGCAAUUUCCGGCUCACGGGAGAAGGGCAGCCGCACGUUAUUUAUAAAAAGUCCUCCAUCCCUUCACCGCAGCAGCACAGUGAGGAGUUCAGCUGUGGUGUCUCAGAUCUCACAGUAAACCCUACACCAUGUUUGCAAACCAGUCCUGCCCCAGCGUCCCUGUCUCCUAUGCGAAACAAUGGCAGCUCUAGCAACGCACACCGGCAGCGGCGCUCCAUCAGCUCUGAACGCUUCGUUGAAACUUUGGUGGUGGCCGAUAAAAUGAUGGUGGGCUACCAUGGCCGCAAAGACAUUGAGCACUACAUCCUGUCUGUCAUGAAUAUUGUUGCCAAACUUUACCGUGAUGCCAGUCUAGGAAACGUUGUGAACAUUAUUGUAACCAGACUGAUUGUUCUAACAGAGGACCAGCCCAACCUGGAGAUUAACCACCAUGCAGACAAAUCCCUGGACAGCUUUUGCAAGUGGCAGAAAUCCCUCCUCUCUCAUCAGGGAGAUGGAAACAGCAUCCCAGAGAACGGCAUUGCUCACCAUGACAACGCUGUUCUCAUUACAAGGUAUGACAUCUGCACCUACAAAAACAAGCCCUGCGGUACACUUGGCUUGGCAUCUGUUGCUGGAAUGUGUGAACCAGAGAGGAGCUGCAGCAUUAAUGAAGACAUAGGCCUGGGCUCCGCUUUCACCAUCGCACAUGAGAUUGGACACAACUUCGGAAUGAACCACGAUGGAAUCGGGAAUACCUGUGGAACCAAAGGCCAUGAGACAGCCAAACUGAUGGCAGCGCAUAUCACAGCCAAUACCAACCCCUUCUCCUGGUCCACAUGCAGCAAGGACUACAUCACCAGCUUCCUGGACUCAGGUCGGGGAACGUGUCUGGACAAUGAGCCUCUGAAACGAGACUUCCUGUACCCCACAGUGGCUCCGGGGCAGGUGUACGAUGCGGACGAGCAGUGUCGUUUUCAGUACGGCGCCUCCUCCAGACAGUGCAAAUAUGGGGAAGUGUGUAGAGAGCUCUGGUGCCUUAGCAAAAGUAACCGCUGUGUCACCAACAGUAUCCCAGCUGCAGAGGGUACGCUAUGCCAGACUGGCAGCAUUGAAAAAGGGUGGUGCUACCAGGGCGAGUGUGUGACAUUUGGGACGUGGCCGCAGAGCGUGGAUGGAGGUUGGGGUCCCUGGUCCAUCUGGGGCGAGUGCAGCCGGACAUGUGGAGGUGGAGUGUCUUCAUCCAUGCGCCACUGUGACAGCCCAGCGCCAUCUGGUGGAGGAAAGUACUGUCUUGGGGAGAGGAAACGCUACAGGUCGUGCAACACUGAUCCUUGUCCAGUGGGGUCACGAGACUUUCGGGAGAAGCAGUGUGCUGACUUUGACAGCAUGCCUUUCCGUGGGAAGUACUACAACUGGAAGCCUUACACUGGAGGUGGUGUGAAGCCCUGUGCUCUGAACUGCCUGGCUGAGGGAUACAACUUCUAUACAGAGCGCUCCCCUGCUGUCAUCGACGGCACUCGCUGCCAGGCUGACUCUCUAGAUAUCUGCAUCAACGGAGAGUGUAAGCAUGUGGGCUGUGACAACAUCCUGGGCUCGGAUGCCAGGGAGGACAGAUGCCGUGUGUGUGGAGGAGAUGGCAGUACGUGUGAAGCUACUGAAGGCUUGUUCAAUGACUCGCUGCCCAGAGGAGGUUAUAUGGAGGUGGUCCAGAUCCCCAGAGGCUCAGUCCACAUUGAGAUCAAAGAGGUGGCCAUGUCAAAGAACUAUAUCGCCUUGAAAUCUGAGGGAGACGACUACUACAUUAAUGGUGCAUGGACCAUCGACUGGCCUCGCAAGUUUGACAUUGCAGGGACAGCCUUUCACUACAAGAGGCCUGCAGAUGAACCCGAGUCUCUUGAGGCACUAGGAGCCACCACAGAAAAUCUGGUUGUUAUGGUGCUGCUGCAGGAGCAGAACCAGGGCAUCCGCUACAAGUUCAACGUACCUAUACAGCGCACUGGCAGUGGGGAUAAUGAAGUGGGCUUCUCUUGGCACCACCUGCCCUGGUCUGAGUGCUCCGCCACCUGUGCAGGAGGCUCUCAAAAACAGGAGGUGGUUUGCAAGAGGCUGGAUGACAACUCGGUGGUCCAGAACAGCUACUGUGACCCUGACAGCAAACCCCCAGAGAAUCAAAGGCCCUGCAACACAGAACCUUGCCCACCUGAAUGGUUUAUCGGUGACUGGACAGAAUGCAGUAAAACAUGUGACGGAGGCAUGCGCACACGCACAGUUCUCUGCAUCCGCAAAAUUGGCCCAGCAGAGGAGGAGAACCUGGAGGACAGCCACUGCUUGACCCAUCGACCAAUUGAACGCGAGUCCUGCAACAAUCAGUCCUGCCCACCACAAUGGGUGACCCUGGAUUGGUCAGAGUGUACCCCAAAAUGUGGCCCUGGCUUCAAACACCGCAUUGUUUUGUGUAAGAGCAGUGACCUGACCGAAACCUUUUUACCAGGCAACUGUUCAGACCAUAACAAACCUCUGGUGCGAAUCCGCUGCAGUUUGGUUCGCUGUCCACCACCUCGCUGGAUCCCUGGAGAGUGGGGACAGUGUUCUGCACAGUGUGGGCUGGGACAGCAGAUGCGGACAGUUCAGUGUCUGUCAUACACGGGGCAGCCUUCUAACGAAUGUCCCGAGACGCUGCGCCCCAGCACCAUGCAGCAGUGUGAGAGCAAGUGCGAUGCUACCCCCAUCUCCAAUGGUGACGAGUGCAAAGAUGUAAACAAGGUGGCAUAUUGCCCACUGGUGCUGAAGUUCAAGUUCUGCAGCCGUGCCUACUUCAGACAGAUGUGCUGCAAGACUUGCCAAGGACACUGA